AUGAAAUUCCUUGAGAUUGGAAUUAUAAAACAUUUGAGGACAAGAUAAAGGUUGAAAUAUUAUAUUUAAAUUAAACAUGUUAUCCACUUUUUCUAGAGAAUUCUUAAGGUUGAAAUGAUUACUGCUAGUUGGUACUUCAAUUUAAGGAGAUAGAAAUUUAUUGCAAGAUUCAAAUUAAGAUAGCAUAGCUUAUGCUUGAAGAUAAUUAUACUGAUAUUUAAAAAAUAACUUCAAAAAAUACAUACUAUAUUUAAAAAGUGUCAUUGUUGGUGA